GUCAUGUGACCCGCAGCACUCAGGCCAUUUCUCGGCUUCCUCUCAGCUUUGGCUCCAAUGUCGGAGGUGUUUGUGUCUGGAAGAAAUGGACUCUGGCAAUGCACGAAUUUGAUCAUUCAGAGAUCCGUCCAGCUGAGUCUGUGAAUGGCGCCAAAACAGGACCCUAAACCUAAAUUUCAAGAAGGUGAAAGAGUCCUGUGCUUUCAUGGGCCAUUGCUCUAUGAGGCAAAGUGUGUCAAGAUCAACAUAAAGGAUAAGCAGAUUAAAUACUUCAUUCAUUACAGCGGAUGGAACAAAAACUGGGAUGAAUGGGUUCCUGAAAGCAGAGUUCUCAAAUAUGUGGACAGCAACCUUGCGAAACAAAAAGAGCUUCAGAAGGCCAAUCAGGACCAUUAUGUUGAGGGAAAGAUGAGGGGUUUAGCACCAAGCAAGAAGAUUGCUGCUGUGCAGCAGAAAAAUGUUGAUUUGAAAGUGAAAAAGGCAAAGCAGAAGACCCCAGGGCCGGGUGAAGGCACCAGCAGCGGAGAAACGCCCCAGGGACCACGGAAGAAGAGGGCUCGGGUUGAUCCCACAGUGGAGAGUGAGGAAAUGUUCACCAACCGUGUAGAGGUGAAGGUGAAGAUCCCAGAGGAGCUAAAGCCCUGGCUGGUGGAUGACUGGGACCUAAUCACCAGACAGAAACAGUUAUUUCAUCUGCCUGCUAAGAAAAAUAUAGAGACCGUCUUGGAGGACUAUGCAAACUACAAGAAAUCAAAAGGAAACUCGGACAAUAAGGAGUAUGCAGUGAACGAAGUGGUAGCGGGCAUUCGAGAGUACUUCAACGUUAUGCUGGGCACUCAGCUGCUUUACAAGUUUGAGAGGCCGCAGUAUGCGGAGAUCCUGGCUGAACACCCAGACGUGCCGAUGUCCCAGGUGUACGGAGCGCCUCAUUUGCUGCGUCUGUUCGUUCGUAUUGGAGCCAUGCUGGCCUACACUCCACUCGAUGAGAAGAGCCUGGCUUUGCUGCUCAGUUACCUCCAAGAUUUCCUCAAGUAUCUGGUAAAGAAUUCGUCCACCCUCUUCAGUGCCAGUGACUACGAGGUUGCACCCCCUGAGUACCACCGCAAAGCUGUGUGAGAGCUCUCCGUACAUAGUGCUCUAGUGAGGCACAUCAGACCACCAGUAAAAUAACCAUUACUAACCUCUUGAGUGCAGACUUGGAAGAUUUUUCACUUGAAUUGAUACACUUUUCUCCACAAAGGUCUCAGGAGCUUGUCACUUUUGGGAAGAAAAAAAACAAACCCUUUUGCUGUAUUUUCAUUUUUCAUCAUUCAUUUUUUCCUCUCCCUUUCCAUUUUUAUACCCAUUGUUUGUUUUUUUAAAGACACAAGAAAAAAAAUAUCUGUUGUUCCAUUUUUCACAAGCAGCUCUUUGGUGUUUUUGUGCAUUCCAGCAGGUAGAUCUGUUACUGAUGCAUGUCUGUAUUUAUUAGGACCACAAGGUCAGCACUCUGUUAAAGGUUUUUUUUGUAUCUGUAUCUUGUGUAUUUGUAUCAGUUUGUAAAGAAAAAAAAAAGAAAAAAAAAGUUUUCUACACAAUC